AUGGCUCAACCAGCGACAGCGGCCCGCCGCACGCUCUACAAUGACCCCACGUUCUCCGACAUCAAGAUCCGCCAGAUCUACAAAGGCCAGGUCAAGGAGUAUGUAGCUCAUAAGGCCGUACUCUGCGCCCACUCUGGGUGGUUCAUGGCAGCCCUAACCGGUCGUUUCAUGGAAGCAUCUGCGGACAUCAUCGAAGUUCACGAAGACGAUCCAGAAACUUUCCAAAGAAUGAUGGAGUUCUUCUACGACAUGGACCUCGAUGUAACAACUACACCGUCAGUUACGCCUACUGGGGUGAACAACAUCAUCAAGAACGAAAUGGUCCCCAUUAUCGAGCUUCACGGUCUUGCCGACAAGUAUGACGCCAAGAUCCUGCAGAAAGCUGCUUUAGUUGCUUUCAAGACUGGCAUCGGCGUGCUUCAUGUAGUGCCCGCCUUCGAGCCGUUAGCAAAGUUGAUAAACGCACAUUACUCGAAUUGCCCAGGAACCAUGGAUGCUAUGAGUCAAGCUAUCGUCAAGUACAUUUAUAAGAUGAGCGCCAAUCAUCUGUCGCAAGGAUUGUUCAACAAGUUAGCCGCAAAGCACAGCAAUUUUGGUGCUGACUUGUAUCUUUUGGGUCGGGCUGAUGGCAAGCUUGUAUUCAAUUGA